CUUCGGUGCCACUGACCGAACCCGCCCGCCCCUCAUCCACUCACCACUCGCGGCUCUCCACAAAACCCCAUCUCCAACCCAUCAGAGAGGUACCGCAACAGCUCCAGCUCCAGGGUUCCUGAACUUCCUGACAACUUGAGCGAUCAACAUUGUGUAGUGUACCUUUCCCUUGAUUGCUCGCUUGCCCUUCCCCAAGAUCUGUCGUCUGCACUUUUUAUUGUCCUGUUUGGACGAAGGAAAUAACAAAAGCUCUUGUACGCCCACGCCCCUUGCGCCCACACAAUAUCAACCGUGGUUCAGCUUCUCUUGGUUUGGUUAAAGACAAAAAAAGACCCCUCCGACUUUUUAGUUUCUAGAACCGGACUCGAGUCCGCUUCAGCUUCCAGGAUUAACUACCCACCUAUCCACCUACCGACCUAGCGCCGACAAGAAGCAACAGAUAGCUCUAGGUCGUUGUAGCCAGAUUGGAGACAGAAAACAAAAGGGAACAGACAAAAAAGAUGCAACCGUACACUUCAAACCUACCGCACCAGCUGCCGCCCGACCACGGCUAUCACCACGAUCCUCACGCGACUCCAUAUCCCCCGCGUCAUCACCAAUUGCAGCAGCAACACCAGCUCCCCUCCAUGGGCCCUCCCAGCGCGCCACCGCCGCACCAUACAAACCCAUACCAAGAUCCCACCAUGUCCGGCUCUGCGUCGUCGGUUCCUCCUCAUGCUCCCCCCGGCCCCGGUGGUUCUAGUCACGGCGAUGGAAGCGGCCACGCCGGCCAAUUACAAUCAACCCCGCCAUCCCACCAGCAGCUACACGAACGAGCGCCCUUGACGGCCGAGGAAAGGAUGCAGCAGGAGCAAAACUUGAAGCCAUACUCGGGGACCGACAGUCAGGGGAGGAUGUAUUCGCUCGAAGUUGUGCAACAACCACAACGUGCACGAAUGUGUGGUUUUGGUGAUAAGGAUCGAAGACCCAUCACACCCCCUCCUUGUGUUAAGCUGAUUAUUAGAGACGCGAAAACCGGGAAAGAGAUUGAUUGCAAUGAAAUCGAAUACUCAAUGUUCAUCUGCAACGUCAGCCUAUACACAGAAGACGCCCUAAAGGAAGUAAACCUCGUCCGACACACGACCUCAACGCCCUCCAUCUCGUCUACCACUCCAGCUUCGUAUGCCUCCCUCGAGCAAACAACGCCCGCUUAUUCGCAUAUUCUGCCGUCGAAUCGAGAUGUGGGCUAUGGGCAUCACCAGGGGAUGUCAUACCAAGGGAACCCGGGCAUGAAUCCGUAUGAUAUGCAGACAAGUCCUUACCACGCUGGCUUUGUAAACGGCAACCCCUAUGGCGCCCCCGCCCCCUCACACUAUCAAUACAACCAACCACUUCCACCCCAGCCCGGGCCUUACGGCGCCCCGCGAGGUCCUUACGACCACCCAACUCAGUAUGGCGGCAUGCACGGUGGUGUAGGCGGACCUCUACAGCACAGGAUGUCGGUCAGCAGUACUAGUGGUCAGGGCGGACAGCAGCCUCAGGGCAUGUUCACGAGGAACCUGAUUGGAAGCCUGGUGUGCAGCGCCUUCAGGCUGACAGAUACAAACGAUAAAAUUGGGAUUUGGUUCGUGAUGCAGGACUUGAGUGUGAGGACUGAGGGUGUUUUUAGGCUCCAAUUCUCCUUCGUAAACGUUGGCCUCCCCACCCCCCUUCCUUCAGGGUCAUCCGGCUCCGGCACGGGCAUCAACCAAUCCAAGGCUCCGAUCCUCGCUUCCGUCUUCAGCGAGCCGUUCCAGGUCUUUAGCGCCAAGAAGUUCCCGGGAGUGUGCGACAGCACGGCACUCAGCAAGUGUUUUGCGACGCAGGGCAUCAAGAUACCCAUCAGAAAGGAGGGGGCGAAUAGUAAGAAUAAUGAGGAUGAUGAUGAUUAUUAAGGCGGGGGUUUUGGAUACCAGAAAUGAGAUGGCCAUUUUGAAAAGAGGACACCGAGCAGGGCAGGGUGUGUAUAAACGAUCCAACGUUGAUGGGAAUGUUGGAUGCUCGACUCACACUGCCAGUCACGUUGUCAACGCUGCCAUCCGCUGCCGUCCGCUGCCGUCCGGCCCAACCUCGACGAAUCACGACCAGAUACGAAGAGUUUGGGAGGUACUGUGAGAAGGAGGGAGGGAAGGAAGGGGACAGGACAGGAUGAAGUAGGGAGCACGAAGAUGAACGAGCACGAACAUUAAUGAUGUUUCGUGAGAUGAUCAACCACGAAGCGGUGUCUUUCCUCAGAUAAUAUCUUUAUCAGAAGAAUAUGUUGAACAGGACAGGAGAUACGAAAGGCAUGAUUCUCCCCAUGGGUUUUUUAGGACUUGGAGUAUGCGAAAAGGAUUGGACUGGGAUGGGAUGGAAUGGAAUCGAGCAGGUAGCUGAUGGAUAUCAUUUUUUUGUUAUUCUUCUUUUCCUUUGGCUUGCCUCAUUGUAUUGUGUGCUAGACUCACUUUCAACAUAACGCCAAAUAGGGGACGUUUUUGUACAUACAUAACUUCGUAACUUUUUUUUAUCAUUUUGAUCUUUCGCGUCUUUGUUUUACGAAAUAUC